UCGCCCAAAAUGGCUAGGUGGGAACGGACACGACGUUCUGCACCGCAUUCGACACUCUAUCGGAGCCAUCGAGGCAUCUCUUCCCCACAUCUUCGAUGCCCAGCUUCUCGUGCGAGCCCUGGUUGAAUGCGACAAUGAACGCCAUGAGGCACAUUCCCAGGCUUCGCUCGUCUGGGAGCGGUCAGCCACCAUCUGGGCAGCGCUGUGACUGCGACUGCCCCGGUACGCGCGUGAUGCCGACCUGAUCAGUCCAUCUGUCACGUCUGUCUCAUGUCGCGCGGCGUAUAUAUAUAUAUAUAGACAGCCGUCCUCCUCCCCCUCGCCGAUCCCGUGCCUUUCUGCCCCGCAACCCCGCACCACCACCAUGCUCAACAGGACGCUCCCGUUCUACCUCGAGGACCGCACCGGCCAGCUCUCAGAGUCCGACUUUGACGACAUGUACGACCGCGUCUUCCUCCGCCUCGCGCCGCCCCAGCCGGCCGCCGCGCCCCAGUUCUCCCGCUCCUUCUCCUCGAGCUCCGCGUCCAGCGCGCUCAGCUACGACAGCAGCGCGUCGUCGCCAGAGUCCGCUGCGGCGGCGGCGGCGCCCUCGGACCCGCGCACAGUCGCGAUAUACAACACGGGCCGGCGGUCGAGCACGCGCGAGUACCUCAGCGGCCGCCGCACGUCGCGCUCGCUCCCGCGCCCGGCUGUCGUGCUCGAGUUCGGCCGGCACGGCGCGCUCGGGGCUGUCGUGUUCGAUCUCGCGGGGAAGGGCCCGGAGAGGAAGGUGCAGAUGGGCCAGUGGCUGCGCAAGACGGGCAUGUUCUCGGGGUGCGUGUGUCGUGUCCGCGCGCUCGUCGGACUCGGGCUGAUGGCGCGUGUCGCUGCUAGGUCGCUCUCGAGGAAGUUUGUCGCCUCGGACGGGCACGAAUAUAGGUGGAUACGUCGACCGAGUGAUGGUACAGAGUGGAUGGUACGUCGCCUCUUGGUCCUCGCGUGCACAGCGUCGUCCUGACGAACCGCAGCUCGUCACGGCGCCCACCUCGCUCAACGUCCCGUCCUCUCCCCUGUCGUCCUCUCCCACAUCAUCGCUCCUUUCCUCUUCACCGCUCUCCUCGUCACCACUCUCCUCCUCGCCAUCCUCGGUGUCGUCCAUGCACGAGCAGCGCGACGCCGUCGUCGCGUCGUACACGCUCAAGCCGCCCUCGAAGCCCGCAUACAACACGUCCGGCAACGUGCUCAUGAUCGGCGAGGCGUGGGGCGGGAUCGCUGUCGGUUCGUAUUCCGGGUUCUCGUCGUGCUGGCGCGCUGUUGUUGAGCUGACCCACGGACGCCCUGCACAGAGAUCCUCGCGAGCCUCGUCGUCAUGCGGCACAUCGCUGCGCACGGGCUGUGAGGCCCCGGUGUGCGCGGACAUACCGCGUCCUACGGGCUUCUCGGCCGGACUUCGUCUCUGUAUUGUUUUACUUCAUCAUUCGCGCUUCGCGGCUUUCGUUUCUUGACGUUGACUCCUCUACUCAUAUUUGCAUGCUCCUCGGACACUCAUCCACACUUUUUGGCUCCUCGCAUCUCGCAUCCACGCUCGCACUUGUACCACUAGCACACUUUUUUUUUUCCCAUCGCACUCUCCACGCACCGUGCCCCCCCCCCCCCGGCAUAUACGCACCUAAUCACAUAGCACACGACGUUCACAGCCAAUUGCGCAAUCAUCACCAUUUCACAGCCUGUUCUCAUAAACGUACGAUCCCAAAGCAACCCCGCGCAGUCUGGCCAUCGGCGUCCGGGCUCGUACAUCCGUCCGACUGACAAUCGCUGAGCGCCCCGAAGCGCGCUCCAAGCGCCAGUAUUUCGCGUCGAGCGCCCGUGCCCCGGCACUGAUCGCCGUUCGGGGCGUGCGCAGCGUCUUUCGACAGCGUACGGACGCGCGUCGUAGGCGAGCGCGGUCACGGCGGCGACGCGCGCCGCCAGGGGACCGGGGCGUCGUUCUUGCUGUAACUUAUCGGGAACGAAGGAGCCCGGACGCUGGCCCGGAACUCUUCCCAAUUCUCUACUGGAUGGAACUGCUUUUGCGUGCAAGAGUGAAAGGCUGGGUACGCCGAAUGAUGGCUGGCCGGCCAGUUUUUCGGAGGUUUGUAAGGGCCCGCUGUGUGCCACAGACCUGAGAUUUCUCAGCCCGUCUGUGAUGCAUGCAUACCGGCA